GCGCACCAGAACGCCCGCGCUCUCAAGAUUCUGGGCGCCUGCCGCGUGCCGGUCCCUUUUUCGACCAUGCAGUCGGAAGCCGAUCCUGAGGCUGCCGCAGCGGAGAUGCCCUGGACGGAAAGGGAGACCAGGGCCUUCGUCUCGGUCUGGUUGGAGACGCUGCUGGAAAAAUCCGGCUUCCACUGGGUCGCGGAGCAAAUGGCCAUCCGGGGCCACAAUCACUCGGCGCUGGAGUGCUGGGCAAAAAUCACGGAGUUGCGAACGGAGUACAGGAGGGUUUGUAGACGCAACCUGGAAGGCCUCGACGAGCCCCCCCAAACCUGCCCGUUUUAUUCGGAGCUCGAUGAGAUUCUACAGGGCGACGGGAUCAGGAAACCCUCGAGGACUGUGCAAAGCUUCGGCCUCCAGGUGGAAGAGGGAGGCGCCCUCGCGCCCAUGAGCGCCGACGAAGCCAGGGGCUCCAGUUCUGCAACUUCAGAGUCUCCAAACAGACGUGAGUGUCAAAACACUCCAGCCCCACCUACAAGGAAUGAGCAAGAAGUGGAGGAUGGUGAGGUGGGUGUUGCACAACUCUCACCCACCUCUUGUCCAGCUAAUCCUGGGACAAAGAGGAGAUGUGUCUCUGGACCACAGAGCAUAGCAGAGUGUAUGGUGGCACCGCCCAGCAAACGGCAUGAGGAAAAACCUGUGGGGAAAAGUGUGAGGAAGAGCCAGAGGCUCGCAGGAAGAGGGGGUGCAAGAAAGCGGGAAGAACUGUGAGGGGCAGAUGCACUGCCAUGAAGAAACGAUGGAGGAGUUGCAUAAAGAACACUGAGGCAGAACACACCCUCUGAAGAAAGAGCUGGCAACAUUUCUCAAAAGGCGGGAAUGCCAUCUCUAGGCAGAAAACAUAGAAACAUUUUCCUUAAACAGAUUGAAGCAGGAGCAGUUUAGACUCUCUUUUGCUCACUUCAAGGCUUUCCCUACCCUUAUCUGGUGACCUUUUAUUCUUUAUUUACUAAUGAAGCUUUGUUCACUUCCAAAAUGGCCACUACUUUCUAGUUAUGGUUCACUUUCUAGUUCUUGUUUUCAACUAGAAUACCUGUUCAACAUAAAAAUUGUGUUUUGAGAUAACUGUUGCUGAUGUAAGCAAAUAAACUUUGGGCCAUCCCUAUUUAAAAUCA